AUGUAUAACAUAGACGAGACUAGAGUUCUUCUUAGUGUUCUCAAUUCCCUCAAGGUGCUCGUCGGUAAAAACGAUUUAAGAAAGCAUCGAGGGACCACGGUAAAGCGAACGCUAGUCACCGCGGUUGAAUACAUUUCCGCCGACGAAAUCAGCCUGUACUGGAUAGAAUAUGUGUUCGAUCCACAGACUCGAGAGCGAGCAGGCGAUCGCCCCCGACUCUUAAUCUGCGAUGGUUUCGGUACUCACGAGUCUCUGGAGGUCUUGAAAUUCUGCUUUGCUAACCGCAUAAUCUUAUAUCGUCUCCCUUCUCAUACGUCUUAUAAACUGCAGCCGUGCGAUAUGGGCGUUUUUGGUCCCUUAAAAACGGCAUACCGGACACAGGUUAAGCAGGCAUACCGCGCUGGGGUGGGUACCAUCGGUAAGCCACACUUCACCUAUCUUUAUGAUCGGGCCCGAAAGGAGGCACUUACGCCCCGGAAUAUACGAUCCGCCUAG